UUACGCUUAAACAUGGAAUCGCCUAAGAUUGUGUACAAAUAUUACUCUAAUCCCGCUUUCUGCUCACAGAGUGAAGUGAUUUUCGCUAAAAAAUCAUGUUUAACAAAGGUCGUAUCGCCGGAUCGAAGGAUGCCACCGCUUGGCGGGAAUUCGCCGAGAAAAAUCGAAUGCAACAGGAUCAUGCGGACGGAUAUAUCCGAUAACCCUCUAAGAAUUCCAAAUAGACGAGACGAGCCACCGGAAUUACCGCCAAAACCGCCCAAAUACCAAAGACAAUAUCAGAGACAGACGUCGCUGAUCGUCAAGCCGUCUCGCUCCAUCGUACGAUGUAGGACAAGAAGCGAAGAUUUAGAAAUGGCCCAGUUUAGACAGAGUAGACAUGACAGAAGUGAUAAUAUAGAAGAAAGAAUGAGGCAUAGGUAUGAAGUAAUCGACAUGGACGAUAGUGUUGACUAUUCUCCGACGAAGAAGAGAAUCGUCGAAGCCGAGGAAUGUGACGUCGAAGAAUACAACGUCGAUGGUCCAGACGAAAACGAAAUGAAGGAAAUACCGACGGAAAUCGUGAAGACUGUGAACGGUAAAACGCUUAGAUAUGCCAUCGUUCCAUCCGACGACGAAGAGAGGAGGAACGUAACGUUCUCAGCGACGUCACCGAUUAUGUCGAAGAGCAGUCUCAUCGCGACGCAGAAGCUUCACGAACUGCUAUCGACGCCAAGGAAGCUGAAAAGUUACGCUAGCCAACCAUCGGUUAGGAUAACGCCGAACAAAUCAGACAUGUCCAGAUACCCUGGGACGCCUAUGAAGAUGAUAUCCAGUACACCGACACAGGUCACUCCAUCGAAAUCCUGUGCCAAUUUGACUCUGACACGAGCUGCAACUUCACCGAUAUCGCCAAAGGCGCUACAGAAGCUGAAUUAUGGCUUACCAGAUAGAGACAGUUUACCAGACAGAGACGUCUUCGUUACCAGUUUCAAGCGGGAACGUAGCUUUGAUCUUGACAGAAGGGACGUAAGAAACAAGAGUGACAGAAGAAUCGACACUCAGAAAAGGGAUAAAAACACCGCGGUCAUAAUACCAAGGGUGGCGCCACAGUCGCCGUCAGUUUAUUCAGAAGAUACGUACAAAUCAUUUUCAAGUAUAAAAAGCGCGACCGGACCAACUACGUCGCUCACCAUUGCUGCUUUAAUAUUAACUUUAUGCGGCGGACUAACAUCAGGACUGAGUUUCUAUAUGAUGUAUAGUAUGGGACGUCGUUAUUACUUGGACUUUUGCGUGCUGUCUGGAUUCACGUGCUUCUUGCUAGGCCUCCUCGGAUUGAGAUCUCGUCGACAUCAACUAUUGCCGAAUAGAAAUUACAUAUCAGGCUACAUCGUUCUCUCGUCUUUUUCCCUGCUGAGCGCAUUCGGUCUCCUCAUCCUGCUGUCCAUCCAACCGAAGCCCGGGACCGCGCUAAACGAUAUCACUUCAGGUGCCGUUUGCAGCGUCAGUGUAAUAUCUUUAUGUCUGGCUACCGUAGGUAUUUUGGUAUCUUACUGCUGUGCGAGAGACCCACCGGACAACAGGGUCGGAACAGCUAGAUGGUAUUAGUUAUGAUUGGUGAUAAUAGAUGGCGUUAGUUGUACUAUAGUUAUUUUUGUGUUUUUAGUUCAGUCCAGAAAAGACGUAGUAUACUGUUUAAACAU